CAAAAAAAACCGAAACCCAACGACAACGGCGGCCUUCGAGGGAAGUGAGGGGCUGGCCUAGGUUCCCGAGAAGGACAGACCGAGGCCGCGGAAAGGUGGGCUGGGAGGCGCUUACACUCCCGAGGCCCGUGGUCCGCCUGGAAAGACAGACUCGACGCCGAGACCACCCUCGCAGGUAGUGGGAGAACAGAAGAGGCCUGCUCGUCCGGCCGUCUCCCUGAACCCGGACGGACCGCAAAGCAGCUGGCUGCCGGCGGGGGGGGGGCGGAGUGUGAACUUGCAGUUGGCAGGAGAGUUGCAGAGCCGUCCUCCCUCCAGCUCCAUUUACUGGGAGCAGCAUUGGAAACCCGGAGUGAAACAGGAGGCGGAGAGAGAUGGACUGUCGAGCUUGUCCUGGGCAAAUCGCUCGAGUCCGGGCCGGAGGUGCCUACAGCCUGGCGCAGUGAGACUUCUCCAUGUAAAACUUCUGAUCAAACACUGUCUGUGAUACACACUCAGUCACAACACCGCCUUUAAAGAAGAUUCAAACUCUGGUUCAGUCUUAACUUGACAGCCUCUGGGCUCUGAUUCUGGCAUUUCUCUGAGAAAUUCUGUUCCUAAGUGGGAGGAACAUCUUGCAAAUAUUUAAACAAGGAGGAACUAACUCACCUGUCCCUACGAUUUGAUUGUCAUUUGCUUUCUUGUCAAUAUAAGGGAGUAAGGGAUUGAAGAUGAUAUUAAUCCUGCCUGCCAGGUUGCCCAAAUUACCCUGCCAUCUAACAGUAACCCAUUGGCCAGUGCAUCCAUUGGAUCCAGCAAUAGAAACCAGAAUUUAAAGCUAUCAGAAAGCUCUCAAACUUUUUCUCAAGAAUAGCACGUUCACUGUGUUGAACACCUAGUAGAAUCUUUUCAUAGUAUAAAACAAAGAAUUGCGGAUACUGGAGAUCUGAAAACCUGUUUUAAUUUUUCCAUACACUGGGCCAUUCCCAUUUAGAGGAGCUAUUGUCCUCCUCAGCCCAAGGGCAACAGAAGUUUGGAGAGUGUGGGAAAAUGUUCUGUAUCAAUUUAAAAGAUGUGGAAAACAUAAUUGCAGUAAUGUUUUAACAAGUUUGUGACAACUGUGACCAAAGCCACCUCGCAUCAGGGUGUAGCAUGUGUGAAAAGUUGAAAUUAUUUUGAUCCUUCACUGCCAUUAUUUAUUACACAUGCUAAUAGAGUUUACAGCAGAUAGUUUGAAUUAAGUUUAUUAAUGUAAAAUGUCAGUUUAUGUGUCGCUACAUGUGAUGUGAUCAGUAUUAGUGAUUUAUUGAUCAGGUUUUGAUUUCUGUUUAUGUUGUCGCAGACAUGAAUUGAAUCUCCCUGUGAGGCUGACUUCAUGCCCUUUGGGUGUCGCUAUGAUAUGCUUUCUUGUAAUUAGGGAUUUCUUUUAGAAGCUAACUUCAAAGAUAGUCAGAGCUCCUGGCUUAGACUUACCACUCCAUGCCUCGCUUUUGUUUGUAUCUGUUUUAUACCCGUUUAUGUCUGAGAUGAAGCAAGUCAAUUUUAAAUUAUUUACCUAAGAGAAUACCUGUGUGCGUAGGUCUCUCUCUCAUUCUUUACUAGUUUUCCAACCCAUUCCAAACAAUGCGCUUUACUUCUCUGCUUCUCUUCUUUCGGCCUGCUCUUCCGCUUAUUUUGGGGCUAUCCUUGGGCUGCAGCCUGAGCUUGCUGCGAGUCUCCUGGAUUCAGGGAGAUGGGCAAGAGUCGUGUAUGGAUGCUGGGGAUAGCAGAGGGCUGCCCCACGAUACCAGUCACCUGGAGCCUAGAUUGGAAAAUGGAGAAUUCAGUGACAACAAGGAGUAUGAACCCAGGAUUGUCCCUUAUUACAGAGAUCCCAACAAGCCACACAAGAAAGUGCUCAGGACACGUUACAUUCAUACUGAGCUGGGAAUCAGAGAUCGACUUUUUGUUGGUGUCCUGACAUCUAAGGCUACCCUGAAUACGUUGGCUGUCUCUGUUAAUCGGACCGUGGGUCACCACUUCAACAGGCUGAUUUACUUUACUGGCUUUCGCAAUACCAAGAUCCCACAUGGGAUGCAGAUAGUCUCUCAUGGAGAUGACCGGCCAGUCUGGUUGAUGUACCGGACCAUCCAGUACAUGUAUGAGCAUUUUGGCAAUGAGUUUGAUUGGUUCUACCUGGUGCAGGACAACACGUACACGGAGGCCGAACGUAUCAAGUCGCUUGUUUCUCACCUGAGCAUCAAAGACCUGUACCUGGGUCGGGCAGAGGAGUUCAUUGGGGGUGACCUGGACUCCCGCUACUGUCACGGCGGCUAUGGUUAUGUGCUGUCGCGGAGUAUCCUUAUCAAGCUGCAGCAGUAUUUGGACAGCUGUCGAAACGAUAUCCUGAGUGUUCGCCCCGAUGAGUGGCUCGGUCGCUGCAUCAUAGAUUUCAUUGGCAUUAGCUGUGUCGAUAAACACAAGGAUGUACGUUACCACUCCUUCCAACUAGGCAAGAACACAGAUCCAGAUAAAGAAGACAGUACAGAAUUCAAAAAGGCUUUCACUGUUCAUCUUGUGCCAGACCCUACACUAAUGUACCGUCUUCAUCGCCGCUUCAGUGAAAUUGAGCUGGAGAAGACAUACCGGGAAAUCGAAGAGCUACAGGUGGAGAUAAAGAACCUCAGUAUAUUGACACCAGAAGGCGAGGCUGGAGCCUCCUGGCCAAUUGGCAUCAACCCACCGUUCAAACCUAAAACCCGCUUCGAGGUUAUCAACUGGGAAUAUUUCACAGAGGAGCAGAUUUACUCGUGUAUCGAAGGCUCUCCAAAGUGUGAGCUCCGAGGCAUCAACAAGGCAGACAUUAGUGACAUCAUUGAGACUGCAGUUCAGCAGCUGAACGAGAAGUACCAGCCCCUGUUGCGCUUCCGCAAGAGGCAGCUUCUCAAUGGCUACCGGCGUUUUGACCCGACUCGGGGAAUGGAGUAUACACUAGACCUUCUGCUGGAAGCCCACACCCAGAAAGGUUACAGCCGGACCAUUGCCAAGCGGGUCAGUCUGCUGAGGCCACUCAGCAAUGUGGAGAUCAUCCCCAUGCCAUAUGUGACCGAGGCCACCCGUGUUCAAGUCAUCCUGCCCCUCACCAUACAUGAGGAGGGCUAUGUGGGCAAUUUCCUGGACACCUACUCCAUGAAUGCCCUUGAUAUGCAUGACAACAUGUUGCUGACUUUCCUCUUCAUCUAUGACCCCUUUGAUGCCCAGCGCGUCAGCCAGAAUGAUGUGUUUGCGGGGGUGAAGUCAGCCAUAGCUGAGAUUGAAAAGCGUUACUCUGAUGUGAAAAUCCCAUGGAUUAGUGUCAAGACAGAUAUUCCUUCCCAGGUGAAGAUCAUGGACAUCAUCUCCAAGAAGCACCCUGUGGACACUUUGUUCUUCAUCGCCAGCGUCUGGACUGAGAUCAAUGGUGAGUUUCUCAACCGCUGCCGCAUGAACACCAUAAACAAUUGGCAGGUCUUCUUUCCUAUCCACUUCCAAGAGUAUAAUCCUGCUGUCAUCUAUCGGGAGCAGCAGACCCCCUCCUCUGCUGAGUUCCUGAAGGAUGGCCAUUUUGACCGCCGUGUUUUUAGUGAGUCUUGCUUUUUCAAUUCUGACUACAUGGCAGCCCGUACCAAGAUGGCUGCUGACAUCCUGGACAAUGACGAAAUGCUCGAAAGUAUGGAGGUGUAUGACGUGUUCAUCAAGUAUUCGAACCUGCAUGUCUUUCGGCCUGUGGAACCAGGCUUGGUGCAGAAGUACACCCACCGCACAUGCAACCCCCGACUGAGCGAGGAGGUCUACCACCGCUGUGUGCUCAGCAACCUGGAAGGACUGGCAUCACGUUCCCAGCUGGCUUUGGCCAUGUUCGAGCAAGAGCAAGCCAACAGCACUUAGACUUGAUUUUGUAACAAGGAGUAUUUUGGGACUUAAUCAUCUACAAUAUUUGAUGUGACAUGAGGUACUGUUGGCUGUAGACCUGGUAGAGGGAGGCAUUUCAUCUUGAGAAUCUCCAUUCAAAUCUAUUCUUCAUGUAAAGGUAGUGGUCAUCUGGUACUCUUCCCAACACCCCCACCCGUCCACAGUAAAGCAAACAAUCGAGGCUAGUGAUCAAUUCAUAACUUCAAGCCUCAGAUCAACAGAUUUUGAGCAAAAUUUGUUAAAGUUUAUGCAGUUGCCCUCUAGUUAUGUCAGUUUUGUUUUUAUACUGUGCAAAUGAGUAAUCUGAGAUUGGUAUCAUUUUUGGACAGGCAUUCCCAAAGGUUGCUCGAUGGCAACAUUGAAUUCUGAAUAGAAAUAGAUUUCAAGGUUUUUCAAUGGCCUUUCCCCAUUGCUACGCAGAUUUAGAUGUUGUCACCAAAUUGCCUGUUGCAUAGAUGUUGCCUGUCAUUCAGUGCUGGCUUGAUCAUUUUAAAAAAAACAUAUAACUAGAGGAUUUCAUCACGCCUUAAUGAUCAGCCAUGAUCCUAUUGAAUGGUGGGAUAGCUUCCUAGCUUGAAAAUCGCUGCUGAUCAUAAAGAUUUGGAAUUUUGGACAGUUAUAAUCCAGCAAGGAAUUGGCUGCUGCUUUCAGUUUUUUCCUUAUUUCUCCAUGUGCAGAUUUCCAUAGCCCAAAUUCAGCCGUAUCUGCAUCUUCAAUUUUUUAAAAAUAAUAUCUUCAGACUCCCUGUGGUGCUGCAUCAUGGCCUUUUCUUAUUACUCUUCUCAGCAUCUGAACAGUUCAGAAUUGGACAGGAGCUGCUGCUUUCUCUAGUGCUAGGGAUUCUCAUUUUGAUGAGCAAAAGAAUCCUCAAGAAAAAGUGCAAUGAUAAAUGGAGGGGAGAUUUUGUAAGGCAACUUGACAGAUCUGUCUGAUCUUCAGCGUAGAUCAGCCAUUAUUUUACAUUCCAUAAGAGCUUUAACAAGAGCACCUGACAGGAUGAGAUCAUUUGAUAUGACGAUCUCAGUGCUUAGCACUGCUGCUGCACACCACCAGUGACUUGGGUUUGACUCCAACCCUCGGCGACUGUCUGUGUGGGUUUCCUCCAGGUAUUCUCGUAUCGUCCCACAGUCCAAAGAUGUGCAGGCUAGGUGAAUUAACCAUCAGAAACGCAGGGUUACAGGAAUAGAAUGGGGGGAGGGGUGGAUGGUGUCUGGGUGGGAUGCUCUUUGGAGGGACAUUGACUCAGUUGGCCAAAUAGCCUGCUUCCAUACUGUAGGGAUUUUAUGAUUCAGCACAUGCAGACCUCCAGCAUACUCUGUAUACUGUACAGUGUUUAGUUGCAGAUGCUACCCAUCCAUUUGAUUUCCUUAAGGAGAGUUCUGAGCUUUCAGUGGAAUGAGGACCAUUAGCACUAGUGAUUGGAUCACUUUCCUGUAUCAAUCACCCUUGUUAGUGCUGAGCACUCCCUAUAUGGUGGGAUACAUAGAAUAUAGUGACGUGAAACCAGAUCUUCUAGCCCAGGAACAUAAAGCUCCUGUAGUUCUGAAGAAGUCUCAUUGGAUUCAAAACAUUCACUGUUUUCCUCUCUCCACAAAUGUCACCAGACCUGCUGAGUUUCUCCAGCAUUCUGUUUUAAUGUCAGAUUUCCAUCAUCUGCAAUUCUUUGCUUUUUUUUGUAUUCCUAAAGCUUCCGUCCUUGUCCUAUCUUGUAAAACAGUCUGCACCAUGCAUGGUUUCUAGUUUCUGACUUUUCAGGCAGUGUUGCCAGUUUGUUUAGUUUUAGUCACCUGGCUCAGGCUACCAGAAGAGUACUUUCACUCCCCUCUGCCUGCACUGCUUUUGAAACCCUUCCACAUAUGGUGAGAGCUUGUGUCUCACUCAGCUGUGCGGGAAUGGUUCCUCUGAACUCCAAGAAGGGUCAUCCCUGCUCUGAUAAGAAAUGCCUUUUAAUGGAUAAUUUAGUGAAUGGUUUACUUAUUGUCACUUGCAUUUUACAGUGAAUAAUUACAGUAAAAUGCAGCGAAAAGCUUCAACAUUCUCCACAAUCUGGUGCCUUUUGAAUAGUUUAAGAAUAAUCCUGACACCUGCAUUGACACUCCUCUGCCACUGUCAGCAUUGGACCCACCAGUGUAGGAGUCACCACUUUUUAGGUGUCAUCUCUUCAUCGCCGGGCCUGCCUUGCCAAUGCUGAUGUCAUGUCCUGUGUUGAACCCACACUCGCCCCACAGCCAGGAGACCCUGCCUACAGCGACCAAGAGUCCCUGCCUCCCAGCCAGAUCAGGCCUCUGUUCCCAUCUCGCCAAGAGUCCAACUGUGGCCACUCUCCUCUGAGAUAUCAAAAAUUACAGAGGGAUCUUGAUCAGAUGGGGACGUGGGCUGAGGUAUGGGAAAUGCAAUUUAAUAUGGAUAAGGGUGAGGUGUUGCACUUUGGAAAGUCAAACCAAGCUAAGACUUGUACAGUAAAUGGUAAAAUCCCAAGGAGUAUAGUGGAACAGAGGGUUUUAGGACUACAAAUACAUAGUUUAUUAAAAGUGAUGUCAGAGGUAGACAGGGUGGUGAAGAAGGCAUCUAACAUGCUGGCCUUCACUGGUUGAGGCAUUGAGUAUAGGAUUUGGGAUAUUGUUACGGUUGUAUAAGUCAUUGGUGAGGCUGGACCUGGAGUAUUGUGUACAGUUAUGAUCAACCUGUUACAGGAAAGACAUAAUUAAACUGGAAAGUGCGCAAAGAAGAUUUAUGAGGAUGUUGCCAGGAUUAGUGGGCCUGAAUUACAGGGAGAGGUUGGCCAGGAUAGGAUUUUAUUCCUUGGAACUAGGGAGAAUGAGUGAUCUUAUUGAGAUGUAUAAAAUCAUGAGGGGCAUAAGAUGAAUACAUAAGGUUUUUUUUCCCAGGGAUGGGGAAUUGAAAACUAGAGAGCAUAGAUUUAAGGUGAGAGGAGAAAGAUGUAAGAAGCACCUGAAGGGCAACUUCUCCAGACAGAGAGUGGUGUGCAUGUGGAAUAGGCUGCCAGGGAAAGUGGUUGAGGCAGGUACAAUAGCAACGUUUAAAAAUCAUUUUGGAUAGUACAUGGAUAGGAAGGGUUUGGAGGGAUAUGGACCAAAUGCAGGCAGUUGGAACAAGCUGAGCGGGCACCAUGGUCAGCAUGGACCAAUUUGGGCUGAAGGGCCUCUUUCUAUGCUGUAUUACUCUAUGACACUGUGUCGCCUUGCCAGCGCCACCAUCUUGAAAUGCCUGCUGCUGCUGCCACCGAUCACCAUGAGGAGCCAUGUUUGCCACCAUCAGGAGGAGCUGCCAUUCCGUAGACGGCCUGCUGUAGCUGCCAUGUCAAUUUUACCAAUUAACCCUCCUCAAAAGUAUUCAUUAAAAAUGAAAGGAAAAGAGCAGAAGUAAAAAGAAAGUGGGGAAAGAAAGGCUUGCGGGAGUGGAUGAGCCCCAGGAUGAGACUCCAUUCAGCACUGCUACGUCCAUUUUGAGAAUGUGAGGGCACAUUUAGUUUUAUCCCGUUUCCUGUUCACUAGUUCGAGGGACAGCAGCUGAUUCCUGUUGCUCUUGCCUGCUGUGAGGAAGGACCAAGCGUUGAGUCCUGGCUAUGUAUGAGAUACUGUGACUGAUGUUGACUUCCCAGGAAAGGGAACUGAGAAUCAAACAGGAUUCUCAUUCCUGAUCAUUCUGAUAAUAUAUUGUGCCGUCAGCUGACCUCAUUCAUGUGCACAGACAUUCAUUUAGGACAGUAUUGACUGUGCUAAUGUCCUGUUCAACACUUAACCAUCUCUAAUCUCUCAUGUAAAUGUUAAGAACUUCACUAAGCUCCUGGAUCUGUCAGACUCAUUACAUAGUCCUUACAAGGCUAUUGGAACUUGAAUGCACAUGUUCCCUUCAGGGUGAUAGGGAGAUGGUUGAAGGAAGGAGAAGUCUAAAGACUGUUUAUCAGCUUUGUGUUUUCUCUUUGUCUUUUCCCUCCCAAAGUUAUUUUUUUGAGGAUGUGAUUCACUGUUUGAUUUGAUUUAUACUUUGUUUCCCAUUGUCAGUCUUUUGGUGCUGGUUUACUGUUGGGAGCUUCUCCUACUGUUUGGUUAUGUUUAUGUUAAUGUUAUUCAUCAUUUCAGAUGACUUCCAUUGUUUCCACAUGAGUGCUAUGCACAGUGCUCCCCCGACACAUUGCAGGUCUAGAAGGGCAGAAGCUGUAACUUCCCAGGUUAUGAAUAUUCAACCAAAUUUCUACCAUUCAGCAUUAGUGUUUAAGUGUCAGUGUUGAGGGGGUGCCGUGCUGUCAGAGGUACUGUCUUUGGAUGAGCCAUUAAAUUGAGGCUGCUUAGGUAGAUGUUAAAGAUCCCAUUGCACUUUUGGGUUAAAGGAACAGAGCAAGGACUCUGGCAUCCUUGUCAACCUUUCCUUUGUUAACAUCAGUUUUAUUUUUCAUUUGUUUCAUUGUUGUUUUGGAAGGGUCUAUGUGUAAACAGCUUGCCACAUGUACCUGCAUAACAGUGGCUUUGACAGUAAUUCUAAUCUGUGAAAUGUUUUUUACUGUCUUUUAUUUGCAAUUUACUGUAAUCGUCUUGGCAGAACUGCUACCUGUAAACAAUGUAUUGCACUUGUCAGAAUGCCUUGCCCCCUUUAGUAAAGGACUGUGUUUAGGGCCUUCUUAAGGUUCUGUCUGACAGUCUUAAAUGCU